GGGAGAGCCCCACUUGCCAGAGGGGAUGAGACCAGAGAGGGCAGGGAGCUCAGGCACCAUCACACAGCGAGUGAGCAAGGCCAAGCCUCCUUCACUGCCCACUGAGCAGUGGGCCCUGGAGGGUACAGCCCCCAGUGCUCCCAGCCCUGACGUCACCACCAGCCUCCUGCUCAGCGCCCGGGUGCACCCACUCCAUGGCCCCCGAAAUGGACCAGUUCUACAGGUCCACCAUGGCCAUCUACAAGAGCAUCAUGGAGCAGUUUAACCCCGCCCUGGAGAACCUGGUGUACCUGGGGAACAACUACCUCCGGGCCUUCCAUGCUCUGUCCGAGGCAGCUGAAGUGUACUUCAACGCCAUCCAGAAGAUCGGGGAGCAGGCCCUGCAGAGCUCCACCUCGCAGAUUCUGGGUGAGAUUUUGGUGCAGAUGUCCGACACCCAGCGGCAAUUGAACUCUGACCUAGAGGUGGUGGUGCAGACAUUCCAUGGAGACCUGCUGCAGCACAUGGAGAAGAACACCAAGCUGGACAUGCAGUUCAUCAAAGACAGCGGCCAGCACUACGAGCUGGAGUACCGCCACCGAGCUGCCAACCUGGAGAAGCGCAUGUCAGAGCUGUGGCGUAUGGAGCGCAAGAGAGACAAGAAUGCUCGGGAGAUGAAGGAGAGUGUGAACCGGCUGCACGCGCAGAUGCAGGCCUUCGUGUCUGAGAGUCAGCGGGCGGCAGAGCUGGAAGAGAAGCGGCGCUACCGCUUCCUGGCUGAGAAGCACCUGCUGCUUUCCAACACCUUCCUGCAGUUUUUUGGCCGGGCCCGGGGGAUACUCCAGAACCGCGUGCUGCUGUGGAAAGAGCAGUCGGAGGCCAGCCGCAGCCCGUCGCGCGCCCACUCCCCUGGCCUGCUGGGCCCGGUGCUGGGGCCACCCUACCCCUCGGGCCGCCUGACGCCCACCCGCCUGGAUAUGCCCCAGAGGCCUCUGGGAGAGUUCGGCCCCCCCCGCAGCCGGCAUGGCUCCGGCUCCUACGGCCCCGAGCCCACCGAGGCGAGGCCCGCGUCCCAGCUGGAGCCAGACCGCCGGUCCCUGCCCCGGACGCCAUCCGCCUCCUCGCUCUACAGCAGCAGCACCCAGCGCUCGCGCUCCAACUCCUUCGGCGAGCGCCCAGGCGGCGGGGGUGGCGGCGGCGCCCGGAGAGUCCGUGCCCUGGUCUCCCACUCGGAGGGCGCCAACCACACACUGCUGCGCUUCUCAGCCGGAGAUGUCGUGGAGGUGCUGGUGCCGGAGGCCCAGAACGGCUGGCUCUAUGGCAAGCUGGAGGGCUCAUCCACGACUGGCUGGUUCCCCGAGGCCUAUGUGAAGCCUUUGGAGGAGCUGCCCAUGAAUUCCAUAAACCCCUUGAACCCGGUGACCUCCAUGAAUCCCAUGAGCCCUAUGAAUGAGCUGCCUUCCAGGUCCUACCCACUCCGGGGCAGCCACAGUCUAGAUGACCUCCUGGACCGGCCGGGCAACUCCACAGCAUCCUCAGAGUACUGGGAUGGCCAGUCCCGCCCCCGAACCCCAAGCCGGGUCCCGAGCCGCACCCCCAGCCCCGCACCUACACCCUUGCCUGGCAGUCGCCGAAGUAGCAUGGGCAGCAUGGCAGUGGCCAGUGAUGUCAAGAAACUUACAUCCUGGGAGCAGCAACCCCCAGAGCUCUUCCCUCGGGGCACGAACCCCUUUGCCACCGUAAAGCUGCGUCCCACUGUCACCAAUGACCGCUCAGCACCCCUCAUCCGCUGAGGCACCUUCCUUCACCGGGGGUCUGAGGUCACCCCACACACACCUGCCCGGGGGCUGCCCAGAGCUGGCGGCAGCAGAAGCAGCAGCAGUGGAUCCGAGAAGCCGGGCCCUGAUACGGGGCAGAGGGGUGGCUGCUCUUCCCCGAAACACGCUCCAACCUGAGCAGUUCCAAGGCCUGGGGUCUGGGCCUUCAAAAUAAAGCAGGCGGAAUUGGAAGACAGAGAAACAUUUUUCCCCUCCAGGGGGCCGCGGACUCUCCCUGGAGGCCUACGUCAUGCCCCCCAACUUCUUUCCCCCUUCUCUGUCACAGUGAGGAGGAACCCUUUGCACACCCUCUCCCCUGCCCUGCACCCCGUCCCCUGUUUAACUUUUGUAAACGGCGAAAAAUAAAGCAAGUGAGACAUGGCA